AUAUCAUAACCUCUAAAGUCUAAAGUUUUACAACUACAACUAAAAUCAUUUCAAUUUUUGUACAAUAUACGUGACAUAAAUUUGAAAACAUUUCAAAUCCAGUAAUUCUUGCCCAUUAUUCAAUUGGUUUUUAUGGAUAAAAACACUAGAAAAGUAUUGCAAAGUGCUUCUGAAGGAAAUUUUGGUUUCGUAUACGGUUGUGUUAUUGAAGAUGAAUCUCUACAGAGAAGCAAUAUUGCCACAAACAUCGUUAUAGAAUGUUGUCGGGUGUUCACUGGAAAAGCUCCUUUGAAAAUUGUUGAUAAUGAUUUACUGAAAUUAUUACGUACCUGUGUCCUGCACAUAGACAGAUUGAAUGAUAAGCUUUGUUUAUCGUAUUUGCGAGCUGUCUAUUUCAUAUUUAAGUACUGUAUGGAAAAGGAUCGAUUGGAUAUGGUUUUUCAGUUGGAACAAAUUACUAUAAAUAAUUUUAUCACCUUAGAAAAUGAAGAAUUGAAGAAGACCUACAAUACCAUUUGUUCUCUGUUCCACAAUGCGCUCUCCAAAAUGUCGACAUUGACUCAAUUUGAUAGGAACGAUCCGAUCUACUUUCAGUUGUGCUUACACGCCUUGAAAAUGUAUUCCAAGUUAUUCGCGAAUCAUAUCACAAUUGCCACUAAGGCGUGUAAAUAUUUACAAGUUUCAAGAUGUUAUACGUGUAACGUUGACUUACAAUGUAAAUAUUAUUUGACACUGUUUGAUGUUCUCAAAGCAAUUCGGGGAGAAGAAUUAUUUCCUGCAUCUAUUAAGAUUCUCGAGCUUAUUAUAAAGAACUUGCUUCGACAAAAUGAGUUUGAGACAAUCCGAAGUAUAGCAGCACAGAUUAGAUUGUCAAUUGAACCAGCGGUGGAAGGUAUAUCCUUGGAAGUACUCGAAGUGAUUUUGUCUGCAAGUGAGCUGCUAGUUGAGUUUGCUACACCCAAUGGUGCGAAACUAAUGCGAAAGCUUGAGGAACGCCUGCGGAAUUUCAGUCGUUAUCGUACAAAGUCAGAUGAGUUCCAGUAUGCAUGUAAAUUGCUCUACAUAAUUCUAAAGAAGUUGCUCGACCAUUUCACUAGAGCGUCUCCUAGUGAUUGGAAAUUAAAUAUGGAUGUGGGUGCGCAUUUAGCCUUAUACAAACUGCUAGGGGUUAUAGUGCGUACAACUUCGAAGAGUGAUGCUACUUGUCAUACAUCUAGUGGUCGUUGUGAUGUGGAUACUAAUAUACAUUUUGCCACUAACGUCAUGGCGCUAAUCGGAGGGUUUACGAAAUUUUCAAUUGACCAAGAAGUGACCGUAACAAAUUCUAUGUCAAAUCAAACAUUUUUGUAUUUGGAGCAUGCAUGUAAAAACCUACAAAUUCUAAAGAGCAGAGGCUGUGAUAAUUGGAAAUCGCUAUGGGCCGAGAUUGGUAUUUUAAUUUAUAAUGUAGCAGUCAAGUUAUACUGUUUGAAGCAUGGUGAGUCGCAAAGAUACUUCAUUCUCUUAGUGAAAAACUUAGUUACGCUGGAAGGUACUAGUUCAUCAGAAAUUUUCGCGAUAGACGCAUUGGCGACAUCUUUGAAGUGUUUAAUUGAACUUCAUCUUGACUGUGAUAAUUAUAGUAAAUCAUUAAUGUUCUGUGCUAUUUAUAUUCUGCUUCGACCAGAGUCGCAUCAUGCCCCAUUCAAACAGUGGGUGACAAUUAAAUCUAAAGAAAAACAAUCAGAAUUUAGUACACAGACAUUCCAAGAGACUACGAUCCGGCAAGCUUUAAAGGAAAACAGAAACGAAAUCCUUGCCAUUUCUAUGGAGUUCGAACAGUGUCUUGAACUUGUAACAGUAAAUAGAUUACUUCCAUUGGAAUUGGUAAGCUACGCAAAUAUGUGGCCCAGUCGAGUAGCAAUGUUGGCUGCCUUCAAGGAGAUAUACAAAUACUGUGACGUAUUAACGACCGUAGAUGUGUUAAUAAAUGCAUGGGGGAAAAGUAUAGCUUCCAUGCAUCCUGAACUGUACGAUCUUCUGACGCCUAUUAUGCAAAGAUUUGAAGAAGAAAUUGCAACACUUCCUAAUAACGUAUUUCACCAACUCUCCUUUGCGCGACUAUGCACAAUGAAAUAUUACUCUCAGGUUGCUGAGAUAAGGAGAAAGAAUUCCAAUGAUAUGACCAAAUGUGCAACAACCAACGAAUUCAGUAAUGAUUCAUCGGACAUGGUUGCAUAUUAUACGUUCUUAAAUGUAGAAGAACAGAUUGAGAUUAUGAAAUAUUUAGUACAAGCUCUUGAUGUAUACAAUGCACACAUCCCAACAUCCGUCACGCCGCACCUUAUAGACUUAUUGAUGGAGAUUUUUGAUGUAGCGAUAAACAUCGGUUUUGAGUUUCGCUUGUAUUGCAAUUCAUUGCAAGCGACUAGAGCUUGGUGGCUUUGUUUGAAAAUAUCAAGACUGUUACAGCACGACCUUUACAUGCUGAAAUCAAUUGGGUUUCUACUCGAAAACGCAAAUCUCAACAGCAACGGCACAAGAGGCUUAUUAGCCGAGGCUGAUUUAAUAAUCCAAAGGUUGAAUGUCGCGACCUCUGAGUCACAUGACGUGUUGGUCAUGUUUUAUGUAAAUGUGAGCGUUAUGUAUCUGAAGAAUCAACAAAUACAGGAAGGUUACGAAAAUUACGAAAAAGCUUUAAAAUGGUUCCAGCAAAUCGACAAUAAAGAGGAUCUCAUAUUGAGUGCAUGGGUGCAAUAUUUGCAUGCUCUGUAUCUAUUUAUGCCAUGCUCCUUUGCUUUGGGAACUCACAAUGAUAGCUCAUUAGGAAAACUUUUACAGAUUUCCAAGACUAUUUCGAACUACACAAAAGAAAAAGGGUGUACAUCACCGGAAAGAUUAUGCUUGCUGUUUGAAGUAAAUUGUACUAUCAUCCAUAAUUACAAAUGGAUGUACUUACCAAGAGAAGUUCGCUGUUAUUCACGUGAUUUGUUGGUCCUCGCCCAGAAAUUAGUAAUACCUUUAAGAACAGCUAUCAUUUUGUGUUACCUUGGCCAUGCCGAUUUGCAGAGCUCACGUAUUAACGAUUGUCAAGUGAAAUUGGUCGGCCUACUGAAUAUUCUCGGCUUAGACCACAAUAACUACGCAAUACCAAAAGUAGCAAUUUCAAACAAUAGCAAAGACAUCACAGUUAAAGAAGAAAUGGGUGAAAUAACAGAGAGAUUUGGCGAAAUUUUGUUGGAUUGCCCUAAGUCGCAUACAGAUUUUGCACGGACAGGUUCUCCAUCCUUCGCAAAAACAUUCAGUUUACCAACAAUGUUCACACACUCUAAUGAGUGUCAUUGCUAUUACUGCUUAAGUGUAGAAUAUCAAAUGUUAAUCAUAAACGUUGUGCAUUUAGAUGCCAUAUUAAAUGUCACAAGUAAUGACGACAAAGCAGCGGUAACUUGUUUUGAACAGGUGAAACAAAUUUAUAAAAAAGUAUGUUUAGAUAAUUAUAUUGAAAAGCUGAACGAUGUGGUGUCGUCCAAUAUCUUUUUUGAUUCUAAAAGCAUUUUGGUAGAAUCAUACUAUGCUGUACUAUUAGAUUAUACAAAGUAUUUCAGUAGAAAAAACAACCUGUUGAAAGCAAAAGGUCUACUAGAAGAACUUAUGAAUUCAUUUUCCACCAAAAUCUGUUGCAAUCCAUACUUAUUUAACGAAAUAUACUUGGAAUAUGCCACCCUCUUAUUAAGAAAUCCGAAAUAUAAGGAAUGUCCAAAAGUUAAAACAAAGGUCACAUUAAGUUUAGACAGCAAUGACCACUGCUUACAUACUCCCGAAAGUAAACAAUCAAAAGUAAUUUUCCACAAAUCUUACAGUCCCAAUCCUGAAUCGCCCCCUAAAAAGACAUGGAAAAGAAUAAAAUGCAAUUUUUCCGAUAGUGAAGAGGAACUCAAUCCUUCUAGUAACAGCCAAACGGACGUUUUUACUCCAUUAUGCCCUAAAGAACCUGUUGCGCGCACUAAUCCCAAAACGACAAAGAAAGCAGAAGAAAUACUUAACAAAAUUUCGAUCAAUGUUACCGAGGCGGACAGUUCAGUUGUCGUCCCACUUAGUCCUAAUGCGUACACUCCAAAUGCACUUAAAGCCGCCCAAGGAUUGAAAUCUCGAACCAAAUUAUUAACGAAUAAAUUAAAAUUAGCCACAGCCCAACAAAACGGCGUUGUUGGAGGUAGAUCGACUAAGGAGGACGUUAAACAAAGUGAGGGCAAAAAUGCUUGCAAGAAUUUAAUGAACGAAUUAUGUGCAGCUGAAAAAAAAACUAUAUAUAGGAAAAAGCAGAAUAAGGAUGAGAGGCCGACUAGAGUGACAAGGGCAAAUGCCAGAGUGAUGUAGUUUUUGUUGACGUUUGUGUUUUGUUUGUUUGUAAAUAUAUAAAAAUAAUGUGUAAUAAAUGAAGUAAGUUACAAUGUAAAUGUGUUUAUACUGUGUUUUGGUAUGUUGUAAAGUACUCCUUUGCGAAAUUAAAAAAUGUUUCAAGGUUAA